CAAAACUCGAUUUGUAGUGUCACAUGUGAGCAUUGCAUGUGUGCUUUUCAGUGGUUCAAAACUCCUACUGAAAGUGAGGUCACUUUUUCUACAGUGUUAAAUUACUGUCGCAUUUUCGCUUCAACAUAAUUUGCAAGAGUAUCGUGUCAAAGAACGUGGCAUAUCGAUGAAAUACUUGAUAUAAUAGUCGGUUACAUGUAGAGUGUCAAUACAUCAUGGAUAUAUGUAGCUGCAUAACCUGGAAAAAUUAAUCAAAGCCAUUUUAUUCUUCAGUUUAUUUCAUCCAUGGUUUUAAACGACAUUCUUUGGUUCUUGGCAUGACAAUUGUUUCAUCUUUGGGGCUCAAGACUUGAGAGUUUUACAAUGAGCCAAAUACAUUUGAUAGAAAUUUUAAUCAGUUCUUCAAAGAAUGCAGUGAAUCGCUCUAAACUAAAUCUGUCAAUUGAAUAAUUGGUUUGGCAAAUUUUUAUCAAUGAAGAGUAUGGUUUUGAUAUCAUUAUAUUAAUGCUCCAUUAAAUACAUGGAUCAUAGAAAUUGGCAUACUAAAUGGACCUGAACAGAUUAUAUUGCAAAUAAUAUGAUGGAAAAUGUUGAGAAUCUAGAAUCUGCUGCUGAUACAAUGAAUAUUGAAGUAAAGAGUUCACCAAAGGUGGUUGUUAAACAUGAGUCUCGAAAAGGAAGAACUUCUAAUGCUAUAGCAGAAACUACCAAUAAAAGUAAAGGACAUACUCGAAGAGUACAUUUUGCCAUUUGUAAUACAAAAAUGCACAAAGCCAGCAAUUCAUUGUGCAAUAAUAGAUCACAAAAUGGCAGUAUUCCUGGUGGAACCCCACCAUUGCCUUCAAUACUCAAAUCAAGAAGGCUGGAGUGCCCUGUAGGUGAAAGCGACAAUGAGAAAAGCCUUGCUGAGUUAUUGUCUGAAGUACAAAACUUGGAUCGAUUGAAGAAGGAAAUUAUUCCUACAAAAGAUUCAGAUCUUCCACCAGUACGCAGGAGAAGAGGAAGACCAAAAGGCAGUCGCAACUCACACCAAAAUGUGGUAUCUGAUUCUGAAUUAGCAAAAGUAAAUCAGGCCAAAAUAAUCAACCCUGGAAAGUCUCCUGGAUCUGAUUCCAAAGGAGUGAAGAGUUCCUCUAAAAUGCAAAGCUCUUUGAAAGACCAUGGUUUACCAGAGGUAUCAACUGCGUCUCAAACUGUGCAUAAUACUAGAAGAAAACCAAGAAGAAACAUCAAAGAUCUUUUGCCUGACAUAGCUGAAAAUUCAACAUCUCAUGACAAAGGAAGAGGCAGGGGUAGAGGAAGGGGAAGCGGAAGAGGAAGAGGAAGAGGAAGAGGAAGAGGAAGAGGAAGAGGAACAGAAACAGAAACAGAAACAGGAUUAGGUAAAGGGAAAGAAAGCCGCAGAAGCAAAGGUAGCCGAAGAAGUUCGGUUGAUGAUAACGAAGAAAUAUCCACAGAUACAUCAAAUAUAAUUGAGGAUCCUAAAGAUAAUAUCGACUCAUCUCAGACACAAGUGGUAAAGUGUGCUAAGUGCAGCUUGGAAAUGCCAAAGACUCAAUGGCCGGAACACAAUUUGUCACAACAUAACGAUAUGGCUUGGGAAGAAUCUAGUCCUCCCUUAGACUUUGACAAUGAUCAAAAAUUAUUGACCCGUGUGCUAGUCAGUGCUCAUAAAAAGAAGAAAGGUGUCUUAACAUGUGAACAGUGUGGGACAGCAAAGCGAAGUGUUGUUGGAUUCAUGUCACAUAUGCGGUUUUGUGGAAAAACAGUCGAGGAAAAAAGUGCUCUACUAAUAACAUGUCCUAUCUGCAAUCGAACUAUGAUGCCAUCGUCUAUGGAGGUACACUACCGUGUGCACAAAGAGUCUGCAGAGGUUCAGAAUUCAGAUGGAUCUUCAGUUGUCCCGAAUGGCUCGAAACGUAAAGCUGCGGAAAAGGCAAUUACAAGGAUAUCAGAGUUUACUGCACUUGUGAAAGAUGACGAGCCUGCGGCUAAAAAGGCACGACCAAGUUCUCCAACGAUCAAAAACAUGAUUUCAAGACCACUCACGAGGAAAACAAUACCCGGUGUUCUUAGAGCGUUAUGGAAAAAAGAGAUAUUAUCUAAAGGGGAGGCUGUUUGUCGACAACCUGGUUGCACAGAAAAAUUCAAGAACAUCGAUGAAUUGUAUAAGCACCACUCCAUGUGUAACUUCACUCCAUUGCAGAACUUCAGUUGCAAGGUGUGCAAAUUCGAAUCUGAAAGUGAGACAGAGGUAAUAAAUCAUGUCACAAAAAUGCACACCCUAGAGACAGCUCCUACUGAGGCAUCAGAAUCUGAGGAAUUUACAGAUGAUGACCUUGAAGAACCGCAAGUGAAGAAAAAGUCUCACGCUGGAAAUCGCAAUGCUAAUCAAUCGAAAGGAAGAGCAAAACAUUGGCAUAAAGUGGCGUUUCUUGCCAAAGAAAAAAAUCAAGAUAUAAAUAAGCUUUACCGACCUACUGUGAAAUGGACCAUUGAAUUUGAACUGGAGAAUUAUUCACUGAAUCUUUUUUCUAAUCUGGUACCGAAUCAGUGUGAAUUAUUAGAAACUGAAGAAGCCAAACGUUUUUUACCUGAGCUUGAAGCUUCAAUGGCCACUACAAAGAUGCCUAUGAACCAAUAUAAUACGGAAAUUCAAAGCUCUCAAAUAGAAUGGAAGCGAUGGCAUAAAUUCGAAGGAGAUGUGGUGGAAGGUAUACCUACAUUUUUUGUCGGUGGACCUGUCUGGGCUUUGGCUUGGCUGCCGAUUCCAGUUCCAAUGUUUUCGCAUAAUGUUGAUCAAUAUCUAGCCCUCAGUACGCACCCGACAAUGGAAAGUGAAUAUUCCUUGGGUCGUAGCUACAGUGGGAAUAAUGGCAUUCAAAUUUGGAACAUAGGCAAGCUGAGAAAUGUUCGCGAACAUGUGGUAGAAAGACCUGAUCUAUCCUACAUCAUUGCACACACAAGUGGAACGAUAUGGUGUAUGGAGUGGUGUCCAUCCGGUUGUUAUCAAGAUAAAGUUCUCUCUAACUAUCCCCCAAAAAAUGGCGCGCAGGCUUCAAUGCGGAGAAUGGGACUUCUGGCUACCGCAUGCUCCGAUGGUUGUGUUCAUAUAUAUUCUGUACCAUUUCCUGAUGAACUGAAAAAUCGACGGCUCAAUGACAAUCGACAUCCGACCUACAAGACUGAUCCAGUUAUGACGUUGGUCGUUAAUUCUGUUAUGUUUGUUAGAGGUAAACAAAAUUGGCAGUGUACAAAGUUGAAUUGGACCAAAGAACGUGAUCAUGACACAAUAGCUGCAGGAUUUUCCAACGGUUACGUCGCGUUAUGGAAUAUCACCACUACGUCGGCAUUGUUAUUAACAAAGCAACGAAAUACAAUCUUCAUAAAUCCUGUACACCACUUCUAUUCACAUGGUCAUUCGGUUUCCGCUGUCUCAUUGGUGCCUUAUGGUGGUAAGAGAUAUCUGGCAACGGCUGGAUUGGAUAGAUGUCACAAGUUCUGGGAUCUAGAAAAUACAAGUGGACCUCAAAGUGUCUUUAAAAGAGGCGUAGUGGCAGAUGGUACGUGGAUGACUCAUUGGCCAGCUAUUGUUAACAGCUUCGAUGAUGUCCUUGGAUUAAAUCAUACGUGCACAAAUCUGAACCCGAUACGGGAAUAUGGAUACAAACUUUGUCUGGCGUUGUCCGCUAAUUCACCUGUUUAUACUGUUUCAGUAUCUGACUAUGCAAAUGCGAUCGCACACGGGUCCUUGGCAGGGGAAGUGCAAACAGCUUUCGUUCAUCAGCUACUAGUCGGAAUAGAUGGUGAUAGAUCAGUCCCAAAAAAGCGUCGUUUGAGCUCUCUUGUCAGAGUUGUGGAGCUCUGCCAAGAUGUUGUGAAAAAUGAGGAUAAAUCGCGGCAUAGUCGGGACAAAAAAUCAAAGAAGCAUUCCGAAGUCUAUAAAUAUAUGUCAGAUACUUAUGAAGAAUCUAAAGAUCGUUAUGGAAUAAUAUUCUAUGAUAUGCCUUCCGAUUCUCUAGGACGUAUACCGGAGGAAAUUCAGAAAAAACCUCUACAGGUCGACAGAUUAGAUCUGGUACCUUUGGAGGCUUAUCCAUUUAUGUCAGCAAACAAGGUCUCUUGGAAUCCGAAUCCAUGGAGUUAUUUGUGGUUGGUCAUGGGUCAUCAAUGCGGAAUAGUAAGAAUAUCUUGCUUCAAAUCUAUGAACACCACGGAUGACUUGUUGCCAGAAUAUGUUGAAAGUUUCCUAGCCAAAGGGAAGGAACGAACCGAUUAGCCAGCCCACAGAACAAAUAAUGAGUUGACGCUUGUGAUAUGUAAAGUAUGCAACCUGCUAUUCAAAUUAAUGCAACAUAAGCGCCUUGUGAUUGAAUUGUCAAGCUUACCUGUUCCAAGUGGAGGAAUAAGUGCAAAUAGCUAACGAUCAUGAAGGACAAUCAACUUAAUCAUGCUUGACUUAAUUAUUCUCGAGAAGACUGAAUCAGAAUGAAAGCGCGCAAGAUGAGCGCUGUUAGAAUUUUUUUACCUGAUUGAGUUGAUUGUAGUAGAAAUAUACAUCACGAUAAUUUCAAAGGAUCAUGAUCGAUAUACUAAAUUACGACAUUCGAAUAUUUAUUACGUACAAUAAUUGUAUUAGAAAAUUGAAUGAAUGAAACAACUAUGGUCUUACGAAAAAAAAUAAUGGUUUUCGAGUAAGUAUUUUAGUUUGAUAUAUAAUCCCAUGAUCUACAUAUGAUAUAACUCCGUGCAAUUGAUUGAUAAUUGCAAUGUACUGCCUUAUACAAUUAACGUAUACCAUGUAUAUGUAUAUUUGAUAACUUAUUUGGGUCGCUUGAUAUUUUAUUCUGGAUGACUUGUACAUAGUGUAGUAUAAUGCUGAGAAAAUAUUUUCACUUUAUUUGAAUGUUCUCGUUACAUUUCGUUCCACAGCAUGUACCUCGUGAAAGAAAAAAUUGCUUCGCACAUAAUAAAAAAAAAAAUUGAUGACAAA